CUCCUCCUCUCCUCCCCCUCUCUGAGCUGCUCACCAGUAGCACCAUCAGCAGCGUCAACCGCCUCGCCGAAGCGAUCGAUCUCCAUCCCCAUCUCCGCCUUCCCUCCCUCCCCGACCCGCCGCCCGCCGCGAUGCAAUUCCUCACCGCCUCCGCCUCGGUCUCCUCGCCGGCCCCGCCGUCCGCGCACCUGCUCCGCCUCUCGCGGCCCCCGCCCUUCCCGCACCUCCGCCGCCGCUGCUCCCCGCCCAAGCCCCUCGCCCUCACCCGCCGCCCGCCGCUCCUCCUCGCCUCGCGCCAGUCCCCGCUCUUCGCCCCCCGCGCGCACGGCGGCCACGGCCACAGCCACCAUCACCACGGCCACGACCACCACCACCAUCACCACGGCCACGACCACCACCACCACGGCCACGGUCACCACGGGGUGGACACGCACGGGGGAGGCGGUGGCGCGGCGGUCAUGCGGGUGGCGCGGGCGAUCGGGUGGGCCGACGUCGCCAGCGCGCUGCGGGAGAACCUCCAGCUCUGCUGCAUCUCCCUCGGCCUCCUCCUCAUCGCCGCCGUCUGCCCGCACGUCGCGCUGCUCAGCUCCGUCGGGCGCCUGCAGGCCACGCUCAUCGCCGUCGCCUUCCCUCUCGUCGGGGUGUCUGCAGCGCUUGAUGCUCUUGUAAAUAUUGCUGAUGGGAGAAUAAAUAUCCAUGUUCUUAUGGCUCUUGCUGCGUUUGCUUCUAUAUUUAUGGGAAAUGCAUUGGAGGGUGGCCUGCUUCUUGCAAUGUUUAACUUGGCUCAUAUCGCUGAAGAGUAUUUUACAAGUAAGUCAAUGUUUGAUGUGAGGGAACUGAAGGAAAAUCACCCUGAAUUUGCCCUGUUGUUAGAAACAAGUGGUGAAGAAUCUGUACAGUUUUCAAAUUUAAGUUAUACCAGAGUUCCUGUGCAUGAUCUUGAAGUGGGUUCUCAUAUCUUGGUCAGAGCUGGUGAGGCUGUGCCUGUUGAUGGAGAAGUCUACCAAGGUUCAUCAACUGUCACAAUUGAACACCUAACUGGUGAAACAAAACCUCUUGAAAGGACAGUGGGAGAUGCCAUACCAGGCGGUGCCAGGAACUUGGAAGGAAUGAUGAUUGUAAAGGUGACCAAAUCAUGGGAGGAUUCAACACUCAACAGAAUUGUCCAAUUGACUGAAGAGGGCCAGCUAAACAAGCCAAAGUUGCAAAGAUGGCUUGAUGAGUUUGGAGAGUACUAUAGCAGAGUUGUGGUGGCCCUUUCUUUGGCUGUUGCACUGUUGGGUCCGUUACUCUUUAAGUGGCCCUUUUUUGGUAACUCAGUUUGUAGGGGUUCAAUUUACCGUGGAUUAGGACUUAUGGUGGCUGCAUCUCCCUGUGCAUUGGCUGUAGCUCCAUUGGCAUAUGCAACUGCAAUCAGCUCUCUUGCUAGUAAGGGAAUUUUGUUGAAAGGUGGUCAUGUCUUAGAUGCUCUUUCAGCUUGUCAGUCUAUUGCUUUUGACAAGACAGGCACGUUAACAACGGGGAAGCUUACAUGCAAAGCAAUCGAGCCUAUCCAUGGACAUUUGGGUGUGACAAAUGGUCAUAGCGAUCCUUCCUGCUGCACUCCAAACUGUGAAAGUGAAGCUCUAGCUGUUGCUGCAGCCAUGGAGAAAGGAACGACCCAUCCUAUUGGAAGGGCUGUUUUAGAUCACUCUGUUGGAAAGGAGCUUCCAGCUGUUGCUGUAGAAAGUUUUGAAUGCUUACCUGGUAGGGGAGUUGCUGCUACUUUGAGUGGUGUAAAGGCAAGAAACAGCGAAAAUGAGCUGUCCGAGGCAUCUAUUGGUUCUGUGGACUAUAUUUCUUCACUAUACAGAUCUAAUGGUGAAUCGGAGCAGAUAAAACAAGCAGUAAAAGGUUCUGCAUACGGGCCUGAAUUUGUCCAAGCUGCUCUAUCUGUUGAUAAAAAGGUAACCCUUUUCCACUUUGAGGAUGAACCCCGUUCUGGUGUUUGUGAAGUUAUACAUACCUUAAGAGAAAAGGCUAAACUUCGCAUCAUGAUGCUCACUGGAGACCAUGAAUCAAGUGCCCAGAGGGUUGCUAAAGCUGUUUGUAUUGACGAAGUCCAUUUCUCUUUAAAGCCAGAGGACAAAUUGGAUAAAGUAAAAGCAGUUUCAAGGGAGCGAGGUGGAGGUUUAAUAAUGGUCGGUGAUGGUAUAAAUGAUGCACCAGCUCUUGCAGCUGCAACAGUCGGAAUGGUUCUAGCCCAACGUGCCAGUGCAACAGCAGUGGCUGUGGCAGAUGUUCUGUUGUUGCAGGAUAAUAUUUGUGGGGUGCCUUUCUGCAUUGCUAAGGCCCGCCAAACAACUUCACUGGUCAAACAAAGUGUGGCCCUGGCCUUAACUUGUAUUGUUUUUGCUGCGCUUCCUUCUGUCUUGGGAUUUCUUCCUCUUUGGUUGACGGUACUUCUUCAUGAAGGAGGAACCCUUCUAGUGUGCCUCAACUCAAUACGAGCCCUGAACACUCCGACAUGGUCCUUGGUAGACGACAUCCGGCAGCUCUUUGAUGGACUAAGGAAUUAUUUCUCAUCCAAGUUCAACAACUCUUCAUCAAACUAUGUCGCGAACACUGUUCCCUUGUAGAUACCAUAAGCCAGGCUUGUUUGGCCCGUUCGUUUAUGGGAAUCCAAAGCAAGCAUACCAUUUGACUGGCGGGCCAAAGCAAAACAUCGUCUCAUGAGACAUGAAUGAAGCGCCCCACAGACGAAGAGAAAAUGCGUCAUGCCAAUCUAGGAAGAUUCUGCACUGAAAGACUGAAACUGGGCUUCAGAUAAAGCACAAGCAGUUGCCUUAAUACUUGGGAAUUAUUCAAUUUACAUAUAGAUAUAGAGUUGCUAUAAUAAGAAACUGUGGUGAAGUAUAGAAGGAGAGAUGAAUAGGGUUUUGUCGAUGCCAUGAUAUGUGGCCCCUUUGGCACAGCCUAUAUUUUGUCCAGAAUCAGCCUUUUGGCCUUUCAAAAGAAGAAGAAAGAAUCAGCUUAUUAGAGAGAUGACGAUGAAAAGCAUAUUAUUCGUUUACGGCCGCAGAACCCCGGCGUUUGGCGCAACUCCUUUUACACAUGGUAUAUCCAUGCCACCAUGUGUAACGGGGAACAUUUGGUAAAGAAAGACCUGACGACUUCGUCAUGUACAUUUCCUGGGUGCAGAUGUGCAAGAAAAAAAAAUGUACUGAAGUAUUGGAUUUGCGAAAUUUCAUCAUCAAUAAAACAUGCCUGUCCAUUCA